AUGUCAAGGUUACCAGAGGAUAAUAAUGUACUGUCAUCAACAUCAUCACCAUUUUUAGGUCAUGCUCUUGAGAUUGAUUAUCCGUGUAUGUCCCCAGAAUAUGUGCCUGAAAUUCUCGGUUCUUGUAAUGGCUUGGUUUGCAUAGAAUCAUCUUCUGAAAGUAUUUUCAUUUGGAACCCGGCUACUAGAGAAUAUAAAACACUACCAAAAGCCCUAAUUGGGUAUCCUUCUGCUGACAUGAAAGGAGCAGAUUAUAGAUUUCUAUAUGGGUUUGGGUUUGAUUGCAAGAAUGAUGAUUAUAAGGUGUUAAGGAUGGUGGAUGUUGAAGUAGCUAAAGUUUCUGAAGCUAGGGUUUACUCCUUAAGAUCAAAUUCAUGGAAAAUACUUGGUUUCGUUCCUUAUGAUCUCUCAUUCAGUAAAACUAAUGGGAUUCUUCUUAAUGGUGUUCUUCAUUGGGUUGCUACUGUCUGGUGUUAUUGUUUGUUAUAA